GCGGCGCCGGGAGCAGCGGCUGAGGGCCCCGGGCCCCCCGCGGGGCGCGGCCGCGGCAUGUCGGCCGUGGCCUACGUGGACUUCGUGGCGGCGCAGUGCCUCGUGUCCAUCUCCAACCGCGCCGCCGCCGCCGGGAGCAGCGCCGGGAGCGGCAGCGGCGCCGGCAGCGGCAGCGGCGCCGGCAGCGGGGCCGCCCCGCGGCUGAAGGCGGCGGGCGAGGGGGAGGCGGGCGCCCGGGACCCGCGGGACGCCUGGCAGGACUACUGCGCCCUGCUGGCCAUCGCCAAGAGCCUGCUGGAGCUGAACAAGUACCGGCCGCUGCCCGCCCCCUCGGUCUGCAGCGACAGCCUCGAGAGCCCCGACGACGACGCGGGCUCCGACAGCGACGCGGCCACCGAGCCGGGCUCCAGCCCGCCCCGCAGCCCCGCGCCCGGGCCGCCCCCGCGGGCAGCCGCCUCCGCCGCCGCCGCCUCCGCCGCCGCCGGCAAGGGGAAGCUGUCGGCCGAGAAGCGGCACAAGUGCCCGUACAGCGGCUGCGGCAAGGUGUACGGCAAGUCCUCCCACCUGAAGGCGCACUACCGGGUGCACACAGGCGAGCGUCCGUUCCCCUGCACGUGGCCCGACUGCCUUAAAAAGUUCUCCCGCUCUGACGAGCUGACCCGGCACUACCGCACCCACACCGGCGAGAAGCAGUUUCGGUGCCCUCUCUGUGAGAAGCGCUUCAUGCGGAGCGACCAUCUGACGAAGCAUGCCCGCCGCCACACCGAGUUUCACCCCAGCAUGAUCAAGCGAUCCAAAAAGUCCAGCUCUGGCUCCUUGUGAAGGCAGGGCCGGCUCGGGGAGUGGAGCAGGGGGUGCAAGGUGCGUCCGGCAACUGGGGAUCAAGCAUUUGUAGCCGGUGUUCAGAACAUAAGCACCUUGUGCUUCCCACUCACACUCUCCCCCUCGCUGGGAGCAGCCGUCUUGAUGAAGGGGAUUCCGGGCAGAAGGACGGGACCGCCGCCUUCUGCCAUUCGGCGCAUUGAGACUGGCGUACGUACGUCUCACGGGAUGGUCCGGCCAGUGACACCACCAUAGCGUGACUCUGAGGUCUUUGUGAUUGCUGUGUCAUGAACAUGUUUUGUUGAACAAUGUAAUGCUGCUUGUGUUUUAGAGUCUGUCGAGUAAAACCACUUUCCGAGUCACAUAAGUAAUUCUCAGAUAUAAAAUCCAUAGCACAUUGUAGAAGUGGGUUUACUUCUAUAUUUCAGAAUGAUCCUUCAUUUAAAAAGACUGUUAAGAGAAACAUUACAUGUUACUAAUAGCAUCUGAUUGAUACACUGAAAUAAGGUGAAUUUAUACUCAAGAAGACCCAUUAAAGCAAAGGGGUCUUUUUAAUUUUUCUUUGUAUUAACUAUACUUUUGAAUAUAAGCUGCACUUUUCCAGUAAAAACAUGUAAAAUUCAAGCAGAUACUUAAAGCAAAAAACACCAACACAACCACUCAGUCAUUUUCUGACCAUAUGUGUAUUUAGCUCUGUUAUUCAGUUACCUGGAAAAAUACAAGUCAGCCUACAAAACGUGGCAGGGGGGACGAGGGCAGAAACAUACGUCUCUCAAUUGAUCUAUAUUUUCAUUUGUCAAUAAAUACAGUACUGUACUA